UUUUUUCAAUUUUGUAGUAAUUUUAAUCUCAUUUAAAAACCUCUUGAAAAACACCCGAAAAAAAAAAACAGCCUUUGUCCGAAAUGGGAAACCGAAGGUUCGCUCAGGUAUCCACUAGCGACGAUGAGGACGAAGUUCCGAUACGUACCCGACGGUCCCGGCCGGAAGAUACCAAGCAAGAAAGGAAAAGGAAGAAAAUGAAGCUACUAGAAGAGGAUGAUGAAGAGGAAGAAGAGAGGGCAUUGAAGAAAACGAAGAAGAAUAAGAAAAAGCGAGAUGACGACACGGAGGAAGAAGAAGAAGAACCAGAGGAAGAAGAGGAACCAGAGGAAGAAGGAGUUCAAGAGGAUGCGAAGCCAAUAGGGGAAGCUGUUAGGGUUUCUGGGAAAGGAAGAGGAAGGAGGAGUCAUUAUGAAGCUUUUGAGUUUGAUGGCAACCGAUAUGAUCUCGAGGAUCCAGUUCUUUUAGUUCCCGAAGAUCAGGAGCAGAAGCCUUAUGUGGCAAUCAUUAAGGACAUUAGUCAGACUAAGGAUGGGAGCAUUAUGGUUACUGGCCAGUGGUUUUAUCGCCCUGAAGAGGCUGAGAAAAAAGGUGGUGGAAGCUGGCAAUCACGUGAUACCAGAGAGCUGUUUUAUAGUUUCCAUAGGGAUGAGGUUCCAGCUGAAUCUGUGAUGCACAAGUGUGUAGUGCACUUUGUUCCCAUACAUAAGCAACAUCCAAACCGUAAACAGCAUCCAGGUUUUAUUGUGCAAAGAGUUUAUGACACUGUAGAGCGGAAACUUUGGAAGCUAACUGAUAAAGAUUAUGAGGAUAGUAAACAGCAUGAGAUUGAUCUACUUGUUCAGAAAACUUUAUCACGUUUGGGAGAUCUCCCUGACCUUGAGAUGGAUGCUGCUGCUGCAGUUGUUGAUCAGGAAGAGCAAUUGAAAGCUAAAAGAACACUCAGGAAAAAGAACAUUUCACCUCUUGAUGUUACGAGGAACGAUGAAGGAACUACAAGGUCUGAUCAACAUAUGAAAGCUGAAACUCCUGGAAGCUGUACAAGUAAUACCACUGAAUACUACACUAUUUUGUCAAAGGCUAACGUGCUAACUGGAGUAACCCAUCGUGAUAAGUGGAUGGAGAGGCUUCUCCAAGCAGUUCAAUACAUGUGUAGUUCUCCUGAUAGCGUGCAUAAUGAUGACAAAGUAAAAGGUGGUUCUGAUAGCUUGGAACCUGAAAGAGGCGCUAAGAGUUCAGGAACUGCAAAUGGAUCACAAGAGAAGAGUUCAAAUGCUGGCAAGUCUUUUCAGUGGCCAGAUGCUGCUGUUGCUGCUGUAACUGCACUCGAGAAGGCCUCACAUGAUGCUUUUUCACCUGACAUGAAAUAUAACCAGAAGUUACGGCAACUUAUGUUCAACCUGAAGAACAAUCCGUUGCUCGCUCGACGUCUACUAAAUGGAGAAUUGGAACCUUCAACAAUACUUAACAUGACACCUGCUGAGUUAAAGGAGGGUUUAACUGCUGAAGAGACAGCAAAAAAAGAGCCCGAUGAAUCAGAGCGCAUGCAGAUGACUGAUGCUCGGUGCUCAAGAUGCAAUGAAUUUAAAGUCUGUCUAAGGGACAUUAUCCAAGCAGGACAUGGAGAUCGCUACCAGUUGGAAUGUAUUGCAUGUGGAAAUUCCUGGUAUGCUUCUAGAGACGAGGCAUCUUCACUUACAAUAGAGCCAUCAUCAAGUUCUGCCAAGGGUGCUGGUUUGGGACAACCAGCCAUGGCGAAGCCUGAAAUUCCCGAGAAGAAGUCGGUUAGCCCCCGUGAAUCAGAAUCUACAAAAAAUGCGGAGUAAGGAGCAAAAUUGACCUUUGUACAGUUGAGUGUUUGCGUAUCAGUUAGACAUAGUCAUAUAUGUAUACAUCUAUAUAUUAAGGUUAGGUUAGUACUGAGAUUCCAGCAAAAGUUAUUGGUUUAUUCUCAAGCAUAAGCCAUGAUUUAGCUAGUAUUACUUUUAAAUAUCGGAAUUUAGUUCAGUUAGUUCUUGAAGUCACAUUACACCCCGAAAUCUAUUUACAAAAAAGUCCUUUGGCAGUUCA